AUGUCCGGCAACCUUUCGACGAAAUAUAAAGCAAUCAGAUUGCCACACCACCUACAGUUUCACUUGAGAAUGGCGUCGAGUCACAACGACCCCAAGCUGCUCUACGCCAUCAACGGCGUAUCAGCCUACCACAUUGCCAAUGGCAAGGAGGAAUCGUUAACGCCCGCCGGGCCACAGACCCUCUCCUUGCUAAUGGUGCCAACAAGCUCUGCCUUUGCGGACCCGGCACUGGGCACUGAAAACGCAGAACAGGACUUUUACUUGCAUCUUCACCUGCCGCCCGAGCUCGAUCUUCCCCUUCCAGCGACGACGCAGAUCUACCACCAACCUCCCACGAGCUACCUGAUUCCUAGAUGGGAUCUCGGACCCGAUAGUGGUGCUUUUACAAGGAUCGAGUUCCCCUCGGUCGAAAGUAGGAAGGGUAUACAGGAGGACGUGGAUACCUUUGAGACCAUUCUUGCGCAAUGCACUGCGUUCCUGGAACGGGCACCACCUCCAAGACUGAAUCAAAGGAGCAACAAGAGUAGUGACGAGAAGGGUGGUACAGGUACAUCAACAGGAUCCAAGGGCGGAGUGGCGGAGGACUUGCCGGCAUACAACCCUGGUGACUAUGGGCCCGGUGAGGCAUAUGCCCAGGGAAGCCGAAGCAACCCCACGCCAGGGCAAAUCGUGCUUGUGGAUGAGGACGAUGGUAGCGUCAUUGGCGAGUUGGCUGAGGGCUACCAAGUUCACGAAGAUAGCGCGUUGAAGCCGGGAUCGAAAGACCCGGUUGAGAUUACGCUCCCGACUACGCCCAACGGAAAGAUCAACGUUGCUCCCGCCUCGCCCGAAUUGUUCGACGCCGAACUUCACCCCGCAUACAAGAGAUCAUUCCUUGUUUCGAACGCCUCCGCCGCGUCGCGCUUCAUUAUUACCGGCUCCGACAUGCUUGCCAAGCUUCUGCAGAACCAAGCCGAUAACUACACGAAAAGGGCGCAACCGGCCGCUGAGCCCAUGAAAUUCAAGCCAGCCACGCGCGAACACAUUCGCCGUAUCAGCCACUUUACUGGAAACGCAGCCGUCUUGUCUGCCAAAACCGUAGGACAGAUUGGCAAGUUUGCACAGAACUUUGGCGCCACCCUUGGCGGUCGCGGGCCUAGAAAGACGGGAACCAGGGGUUUUGGACCAGAUGGGCAGCCCCUGGAUAACUACAAGCCGGGACUGCUAAACAAGAGCUUCAUGGCCUUCUCGACGGUCAUGGAUGGCGUGGAGCAGGCAGGUCGGCACUUGCUUGCGUCAACGUCAGAGGCUGCGACCACGGUAGUUGCGCACAAGUGGGGUCCCGAAGCGGGCGAGAUAUCUAGGAGUCUCGGUGGCGGAGUGAAAAACGUCGGUCUGGUGUAUAUUGAUGUCACGGGUGUUUCGAGGCGCGCGAUUCUCAAGAGUGUCGCAAAGGGCAUGGUGGUGGGUCGCACGGCAGACGGAGGAGUAGUGACGGUAGGAGGCGGUGAUGGGGGAGUACUGAGUCCGGGCGAAGGAGGAAUGAACAGCGAUCCGAUGAACAGGGCAGGAAGGACCUCACCGGGAAGCACUAGGGGUGGGAAGCAACCGGCUGGUAUGAAAGGGAGGUCUGAGACAUGGGGUUGAUUUCUGUUGGUGAGGCAGGCACAACUGCACUGCUGAUGAUGUUCGAUUAGUUAUGUUUCUCCUUCAAAUACCCACUAUACCUGUUUGCAUUUCAAGGAUGUUGCAAUGAAUGACUGCAAAGACCAAAUUGCGUGUUGAUGGUGCACGUUUGAUGCGGUGUCUAUUAGUCUGUACACUAGAUUAGGGAGGGAAUUUGCUGUUUGAUAACUUCUUAUCU